AUAAACUUUUAAAUAACAGUAUUAAUAUCAACACCCACAGUUUACUUAAACCUGCCCAAGGGGAAGUCAACCAUCUCAAAUAUCACCACAUCCACGCACGUACAGACGGCUACAAACGUUCUUUUUUUCACGUACGAUCCCUGGGUGGAACGCGGCACUGGAGUAAUUAUAAGUGCUCCCACAGUUGCGUGCUCCCGUGCAAGGCAGUCGGGAAAUAAUUGCAGGGAAUAAUUAAAAGUACGCAGGUUUCUUAAAGUGCAACUGAGAUGUGGUUGGUUUUCCGUAUUUUUAUUUACCAUUCUCUUCCAAACCCGGUAGAUUGCGCGGCAUACCUUGCUGCAGGACAAACUACCAGCGGAGUCUACACCCUGGACUUGUCAUCCACCAGUGUGGAGGCGUACUGUGACAUGGAGAACCAAGGAGGCGGGUGGACUGUGAUCCAGCGGCGGCAGGACGGGUCGGUUCCCUUCAACCGGACCUGGGAGGAUUACAAACUGGGCUUUGGGAACAAGAACGGGGAGUACUGGCUAGGGAACGAGAACAUAAACCUCCUGACCAAACGGAAAAGCUACAAAUUAAGAGUCGUCCUCGAGGACUGGACUGGCGCCACGAGGUUUGCAGAAUACAGCACGUUUAGGUGAGA